AUGGUGGAGUCCAUGAAGAACGUGGCAGGCAUGGAUGUGGAGCUGACGGUGGAAGAGCGGAACCUGCUGUCGGUGGCUUAUAAAAACGUGAUCGGAGCCAGAAGAGCAUCCUGGAGGAUAAUCAGCAGCCUCGAACAGAAGGAGGAGAACAAAGGAGGCGAAGACAAACUUAAGAUGAUCCGGGAAUACAGGCAAACGGUGAGCCACGGGGACGGCGGUAGGAGAAGAGUAGAAUCCCUGAUGAAGGCAGCUUGCUGUCAAAAUGUUAGUUACAUAAUAAAUGUAGACUUUUUGCAUCGGAGGGAUGGUGUGUGGCUCCUUUCAAAGUAGAGGUUUAGACUCUGGUGCCCUUUUUUAAUAUUUUGAAGAGGUAAUUCAAUGGUCAUGUUAUGUAAAAAUGAGACCUCAAAGUUGAGUGAGAUGUUUUUCCCUUUUCUCCUUGAGUUUGUUGACAACUAGUGUUGUGUGUGUUGUCUGCUCUGCAGGUGGAGAAUGAGCUAAAAUCUAUCUGUAACGACAUUCUGGAUGUACUGGACAAGCACCUCAUUCCAGCUGCAAACACAGGAGAAUCAAAGGUUUUCUACUACAAAAUGUACGUCUGCGGAUGGGAGAUAACUUCUAACUAUUUUGCACACAUCAAUGAAUAUCUACGCCCUGACUGCACUAGUAACAUGAGAAAAGGCUGCCAUGUCUUCUCAGUGCAGCAUUGUGGCCGUCGCUCAUAAAUCUCUCUCACACACACACACACACACACACACACACGGAGCGGAAAACCUCUUAUCUGAGCUGUGAAAGAACAGCUACUCUGCAUCUCAGUUUUCCACACUUUUCCAUGAAGUGUGCGCAACCUAGAGCUUGGCCAAUAAACCGAAAAUGAUUGACACCGACCAUACCAAUCACUGAUUGCAGACAUUUUGCUGAUAUCAUUCAUGUAGCUAGACUCUUACAUGGGUGAAUGCUUCACGGCAGACUGGAACCAUUUAACUCAGUUUUGUUUGUAGCUACAUCUUGUUUGGCCAGCUUUGUCAAGUCAUUCCGGUUCACACUGACCAUGGCGUGUGCAGAAAGUAGCCAAUCACUUUUUCCUACUGAUCUGUCGAUAGCGCCUACUAAAUUCAGGGCAUCAAUGUUGUUGAGAAAAGUAGCAAAACUUUUGUAGUUCUCGAUGGCUAACGUUUAUAUCUUUCAAAAACGGCAUGGUAGAAAGGACUGUCAACACAUACUUGAACAGCUCACGUUAUAGACAGAAGCGGGCAGACCAAUCCAAACUCAUCUCCCGACAUGUCCAGUCAAUACAUUCUCAGCCAAUCAUGGCUAGUGGGAAGGUUCCUGGCUUUUUCCAUGGCUAAACCAACUAGGCUCGUAAUUUAACCAUUUUAUUCAUAUUUAUGGAUGGAAUACAAGUUUGUUAUUAAAGCACAUGAAAGUUCACAUGUUCCAGAAGGCAUUUCUGCCAAAAAACGUGUUUUUGAUAAAUAAAUAAAUAUUUACGUUCAAAUGCUGCUCCUGUGAAGUAGUGACGUGCGACAUACACCUAGUUUCCUGAAACGAGUCACAUAUUGAGUUUGUGUGCCCCUCCCCUAUAUUUAUUUUACUCAAACCGCCGCGGGCUGGAUUGUACCCCCUCACGAGCUGGAUCUGGCCCACGGGCCAUAUGUUUGACACCCCUGGUUCAAAGAAUCAUAACGAAAAAAACUAUUGUGCACAUGGUUAUAGACUUAUCGUUCUAUUUAUAGUUAUCGCAUCAAUUCAGGAAAUGUAUCGCGAUAUGGAUUUUUGUCCAUAUCGUCCCAGCUCUAGCACUACCCCACAAGGAUUUAAAAGCACAUGAUUGGUGUAAGCAAGGGCUCUAACAAGUAGGGGAGUUCAGUGCAGAAGUGCAUACUGCAGGAAAAGAGUCCUAUGUUAACAUAAGGAGACCAUGGAUUUAUUGUUUUGUGGGGUUGAAAUAACCGUGGUCUCGUUCUGUCCUCAGGAAGGGAGACUACCACAGGUACCUGGCGGAGUUCGCCACAGGCAACGACAGGAAGGAGGCGGCGGAGAACAGUUUGGUAGCCUACAAAGCCGCGAGCGACAUCGCCAUGAUCGAGCUCCCUCCGACUCACCCCAUCCGCCUGGGACUGGCACUCAACUUCUCCGUAUUUUAUUAUGAAAUUCUCAAUUCCCCCGACCGUGCAUGCAGGUGGGCCCCUUCUCUCCUGUCUCGUCUUCUCUUCCCACUCUUCUCUCAUCUUCUCUCUUCUCCCCGCUCAUUUCACGCGCCUGUCUCACCCAUUUCCCUCCUCUACACUCAAUUGCCAGAUGUGUCAAGUAGAAAGGGAUUGUGAGGGUGUAAUAAUACACAAGCAGGAGACUUGAUUUAUAUGCAAUGCCUUACUCAGCGUUUUCCUGCAGUACCAGGCGUUAAACAGUCUUUCAGUAUUAUCGUCAAAGAAACAGAACAAGUUCCGAUUUGAUUAUUAUUUGGGGCUCAUAUCUAGUGCUGCAUCAUGCCAUGGUGAAAUUUUCAGACUGGCCGUGCAGUACAGUCUCACCAAUACAGUAUAUUGAAGAAGUCAACUGAUGCCCUGCCUAAUAAUACAAUAUUGUUUUUUUUACCAAUACAUUUGAUUGUAUAUUCCAUACCAGGACAUUGUUGAUGUGUGACUUGGAUGCUCCGUGAAAUCCAACCUUUGACCCCCCUGCUCUGCCCACCCUGCUGCCCUUAGGUUGGCGAAGGCGGCAUUUGACGAUGCCAUUGCAGAACUGGACACGCUGAGCGAGGAGAGCUACAAGGACUCCACGCUCAUCAUGCAGUUGCUACGCGACAACCUUACACUAUGGACUUCAGACAUGCAGGGAGACGGUGAGCAUUCAGUGCUUCUUCACCUAUUAUAUGUAGUUCAAUAGUUGAAAGACUAAACACACUCCAGCGUCUCUUUUUAAGUGUUGUUCAAAAGUAUGCUGCUACAUCAGCUUGACAGCAAACACGGUCACGUAGAGGAUGGGUGUUUUCCAGCUAUUGACUUUACAGACUGCUGGACUGGUGCGGUGUACACUUGACCUCACCCACCCUUUCUCUAACUUCCCUCAGCACAGUGGUCCCUCUCUAACCGAAGCACCUCUCCGUCUCUCUUUCUCCCUCUCAUUCUCUUUGUCUUUCACCUUUCUCUUUGUUUCUCUCCCUUUCUUUACUUUUUUUGUCCCGCUCCGUCUGUUGAGCUGUACUCCCUUUCACUGCUCUAAUAUCUCUCUCCUGUCUCUGUUUUCCUCUGUGUAGAUUCUUAA